AUGAGCUCACCAAGCAUCACCAACGUGCGAUUUGAGCAGCAUCACGAUGGCUUCGGGGUAAACACCUCAACUCCUCGAAUAUCAUGGUCGUUUGCGGAUGUUGAUGCGUCCAGCCGCAAUUGGCAACAGGAAGCAUACGAGCUGUAUAUCCUUGUAGAUGGUGAUGGUUCAGCACAUCAAACAGAGAUUGCUGGAGAAGGUUCAUUGUUAGUCCCUUGGCCAGCGCGGCCGCUGAAGUCAAGAGAAUCUGCUUCAGUUCAGGUACGCGUACGAGGAAGAUCAUGCUCCUGGAAGGAUGGGGAGUGGCGUCAUGAUGGAGAUGCCACGCAGUCUGACUGGUCUCCAGUCGUUCGAGUCGAAGCUGCACUACUGCUUGCCGAUGAUUGGACAUCGCAGUUCAUCACGUUAACUGAUGAUUUCCCAAAAGAGGCGGAAGAUGGUUCUUUGAGACCUAUUUCGUUCGUCAAGCAGGGCAGCCUCCCCGCUGGCAAGAUUACACGCGCUCGUUUGUAUAUCACAGCGCAUGGCGUUUAUCAGGCGCAUAUCAAUGGAAAGCCUGUCGGGGAUCAAUGUAUGGCGCCAGGCUGGACCAGCUACAAACACCGUCAGUACUACCAAACCUUUGAUGUUGCAGAGCUGUUGAGAUCAGACCAGAAAUUUGACCUCAAUGUGGAGGUUGGAGCUGGUUGGUAUGCUUCUGCUCUGGGCUGGGCUGGAGGUAGGCGGUGCCGGUUCGGCUCAAAUCUCGGUUUGUUGGCACAGCUUGAGGUUGAUUUUGAAGGUGCAACAACAAGCUUCAUGGUGGGGACAGAUGAGUCGUGGCAAUCCAGCCUCAACUCUAUUGUACGCAGCGAGAUAUACAACGGCGAAGUAUAUGAUGCGAGACUACGAGCUGGUAGUGGCAAACUUUCUUGGUACCCAGUUAAGGUUGACAAGACGCCUUCGGCACAAUUAAUUCCACAAGAAGCACCACCUGUGCGAGUCACUGAAGAGAAGGACAUUGUCGACAUACUCAAAACGCCAUCAGGCAGGACAAUCAUAGAUUUCGGUCAAAACCUAGUUGGAAAACUACGAAUCAACUCUCUUCACAAACCCAGAGAUCAUCAGAUUCGGUUCAGGCACGCUGAAGUCCUUGAACAUGGUGAAAUUGGAGUUCGCCCAUUACGAUUUGCCGCUAGCCAGUACGCGGUCAUUUCUAACGGUGACGAGAUUGAGGGUCAAUCACCCUGUUUCACCUUCCAUGGUUUCCGUUACGUGGAAGUAGAUGGGUGGUCGCCAGAAGAUCAAGAAUGCCCGCUUACAAAAUGGUCUCUUACGGCCCUGGUGAUGCACUCAGACAUGAAGCAAACGGGAUGGUUCAGGUGCUCGCAUAAACAAGUCAGUCAACUGCACGAAAAUGUAAUGUGGAGCAUGCGAGGAAAUUUUGUUUCUAUCCCGACAGACUGCCCUCAGCGCGAUGAGAGACUUGGCUGGACGGGCGAUAUCCAAGUAUUCUCACCCACAGCAAGCUUCCUUUAUGACACUAGCGCAAUGCUCGGUGGGUGGAUUCAAGAUGUUGCUGCUGAACAACUAGCUGACGGCGAUGGCAUUCCUCCCUUUGUGGUCCCCAAUGUAAUCGGAAGAGACGAUGAAGCUGUGAAGGAUGAAUGGUGGCCUCGUGUUGCGAAUGCAGUUUGGGAUGAUGUUGUCGCCAUAUUACCUUGGGAUCUUUAUCAAGCAUUUGGUGACGAAGCUGUCUUAUCCAAGCAGUAUCAAAGCAUGCAGGCUUGGGUUGAUAAGGGAGUCAAAAGAGGCGAGGAUGGCCUCUGGGAGAGCGACAAGUGGCAGCUCGGCGAUUGGCUCGAUCCAGCGGCGCCUCCAAGUGAACCCGGUUUCGGCAAGACUGACGGAGUCCUAGUUGCGGACGCGUACCUGGUUCGCAUCACCUGGAUCCUGGCCAACGUCGCCCGCAUAUUGGGAAACCAUCUAGACCAUACUCGGUACCAAGAUGAUUGGUUGCGACUUAAGAACAGAUUUCAGGAAAAGUACAUCACGCCAGCGGGGCUUGUCGUUUCUGAUACCCAAACAGCCAUCGCUCUCGCUAUCGUGUUUGAUCUUUUUGCAACAGAGAAACAGCGCAUAUUCGCUGGUGAGAGACUUGUUCGGGCUGUCCGAUUCGCUCAAUUCCGUGUUACUACUGGGUUCGCUGGUACGCCAAUUAUCCUACGUGCACUGUCAAUGGUGCAGCGCCCACAAUAUGCGUACCGAAUGCUGCUCGAGAAAAGGUGCCCUAGUUGGAUGUACCCUGUGUCGAUGGGAGCAACGACCAUUUGGGAGCGGUGGGACAGCAUGCUCCCCGAUGGCUCGAUCAACCCCGGCGAAAUGACAAGUUUCAAUCACUAUGCAUUGGGAUCUGUUGCUAAUUGGCUUCAUGAAGACGUCGGCGGGAUCAGUCCCUUGACACCAGGUUGGAAACAGAUCAAGAUUCGCCCCAUCCCUGGCCCAGCCCUGACCUGGGCUCAAGUGAGGCACGAUUGUCCGUACGGCACUAUAGGAGCAUCAUGGACAUUGCAGGAAGAUGAGUUUAAGUUAGAGAUUAUCGUUCCUCCCAACACGACGGCCUGUGUGGUGCUGCCGGGCCACUACACAAAUUCUGCCGAGGAAUACAAGGAAGGGACAUGGGUUGGGUCGGGAAGGCACACAUUUACAAACCAGUAUCGCAGUCGUGAUACAUGGCCUCCGACUGGCAUCCAUCCAGAAUUCUGGCCACAACCUCAUGCUGAACUUAUAUAA